GGAGAUACAGACAGGACUGAGCAGGCCGCUGCCCUGAGCCAGGCGCUGCGCCGCGUUGUCUCCAGUGUGGUGGUGGAGAUUAACCCUGAGACGCCACGCAGGAACAGCUUCGAGGUGUCCCUGGUGAAGGAGGACGGAAGCACGGUGGAGCUAUGGAGCGGCAUCAAGAAAGGGCCACCUCGCAAGCUUAAGUUCCCAGAGCCGGAGAAAGUGGCGGACAUGCUGAAGAGCAGCUUAGUCUAAAGCAGAGCUACACAGAGCUGGGUCCAGACCCGUCCAUUCCUUGUGUGGGCCGGAGCAUCCAUGAGGAGGGCGAU